ACAAUAAACAAAACAAAUUUUUUUGCUUUGCUUUACAAAACGCCACAUUGACAAAUAAAUAAAUUUAUUAUCGAAUUUGCUGAAGUCUUCCUUUGGAUUGGUGAUUUCCGUUUGGUUUAUGUUGGGCAAUGGAUUUCAAAUCUAUUGUUUUUAAUGCGGCUAGAGACAAUGAUUUGGCACAACUUAAGUGUGUACUUAGCGGUAGACCGACGUUUGAAAUAUAUGCACUUGUAUCAUCCAGAGUUCAUGGAGCUACACCAUUAGUGAUUGCAUGCCGAAAUGGACAUUUCGAUGUCGUGCAAUAUUUGUUAACAAAUUGUAAUGUCGAUAUCGAAGAAGUGGGAUCAGUUAGAUUUGAUGGCGAACCAAUUGAGGAUGCACCAGCGUUAUGGUGCGCCGCCGCAGCAGGUCACUUAGGUAUAGUGAAGCUGCUUGUGAGACGUGGUGCCAAUGUGAAUAGUACAUCUCGCACAAAUUCAACGCCACUACGUGCUGCCUGCUAUGAUGGACAUUUUGAAAUUGUAAAAUAUUUAGUUCAACACGGUGCAGAUUUUGAAGUAGCAAAUCGUCAUGGUCACACGUGUCUAAUGAUUGCAUGUUACCGAGGACACUUUAAAAUAGCACAAUUUUUGCUCUCACUGAAUGCAAACGUAAACCGUUGUAGCAUAAAGGGCAAUACAGCUUUACAUGACUGCGCAGAAUCUGGUUCCUUAGAAAUAUUACAAUUAUUGCUUAAACAUGGCGCUACCAUGGAUGAGGAUUACUAUGGCAUGACACCUUUGUUAGCGGCAAGUGUUACAGGUCACAUAAGUAUUGUGGAACAUCUCAUUACUUUACCAUGUGUUAGUCGUAAAAACCGUAUUGAUGCAUUGGAGUUAUUGGGUGCCACAUAUGUAGAUAAAAAACGUGAUAUGAUUAGUGCAUUAUCUUUAUGGCGUCGUGCUAUGGAAGAUCGAAACCAGGAGCCAUUAAUACCGAAAGUUAUAAACGAACCAAUUGCUGCUUAUGAAUAUGUUUCAGAAGUAAAUACGGUGGAAGAUUUAGAAGAAUUAGUAUUGGAUCCAGACGAAAUGCGAAUGCAAGCAUUAGUUAUACGACAAAGGAUAUUAGGUCCUACGCAUCCAGAUACUAGUUAUUAUAUAAGAUUUAGAGGAGCAAAUUAUGCUGAUGCUGGACGUUUCGAUCGCUGCAUUGAACUGUGGACAUAUGCAUUAACCAUGCAACAGAAAAUACUACAACCAUUAAGUCCAAUGACACAAUCGUCCCUGCUGUCAUUUGCUGAAUUGUUUAGUUUUAUGUUAGUUGAAGCUGGACGUUUGCUGCCACGUGGACGUGUUGUGCCUCCUAUUGAGGUUACCGAUAUGCUUAUGAUAUUUAAUAAGGCUGUUAUAGAAGUUGAAAGAGGUCAACUUUGGACAUUGGAGCAACAUAAAAAUUCUGUAGUUCCGCAACACACACAUGACUGUAAUCAUGAUCCAAAUGCACUGAGUCGAGCUUUAGUUAGUUCUUUGCACAUUGGCUGUUUGUUGGUUAUAUUAUUAGAGAAUGAUAAUUUUCCUGUAAAUGUGAAACAGGAAAUAAUGCAAUCGCUUUAUAAAUUAAAUCGCUUGAAAGUAGCUGUACGAUUAGGACGCACUCCGCUGCAUUAUGCAUGUUAUCGCGAAGGUACAUUAGUUGGACAUUACCCCGCUUGUCAAUUUCCUUCACCGUCAUUAGCUAAGGCAUUACUAGAAGUGGGGGCAGAUCCGAAUGCUAAAGAUGAUGGUGGCAAUACGCCUUUACAUUUAUCAGCUGUAUCUCAUAUCUAUUCUUCACCUUCGUUAGUUAAAAUUUUACUUGAUAAUGGUGCACAUUUGGAUACAAAAAAUAAGGAUGGCGAAACUUUUGAAUCGUUAAUUAAACCUACGAAAAUACAUGAAAUUUGUAAUCCACUGAAAUAUACAACGCUCAGAUGUCUGGCAUCGCGUGUGAUACAACAGCAUAAAUUGCCAUAUCAAGAUUGCGUACCAGUAUCGCUUCAUAGUUUCAUAGAGCAGCAUUAAUCUGAAAUUUUUAGCGGCUUUUGCAAUGUGCGGAGGAGCAUAAACUGUCGUAAUUAAAGUGAUCACUACGUGAUUUUUAUUUUUAUACACAUAGUUUUUUUAAAAAAUGUUUGUAAAUUUUUUCGAAAAUUAUAGUAAUUCGUCAAAUUUGCUCUUAACAUACAUUUAUUGUUUUUCUUUAAAUACUCUAAUUGUAAUCUUUACUUUACUUUUGUUAUUAUUAAGUUUUUUGUUCUUUUUUUGUAUCUAUUCCUAUUUAAAUUUACAAUAUAUGUUAUUUAUUUAUUAUUUUACAUAUUUUACAUAUAAAUAUUUUUGAACUGUAAAGUUUAAUAAUUUUUAUGGCAAUUACUUAUACAGAAAAAUAUUUUAUUAAAGUUUUUAUAUGAAAAAAUUUCGAAGUACUCGUAUUUAUUAAGAUUAAGUUGUUUAGUCCAUUUUAAAAUUUUCUCUAUUCAAGAGCUUGAAUGCAAGUUUUUCCACUUCCAAUGGGAAGUAUAAGAAAAAUGAUAGUUUUUUUAUAUACAAUAUUAGUUUGCAACUUCAUGAAAUUUGCUCUAUGAAUAGCGUCAAAAAUCGAGAGAUGCUUAAACGUUUGUGAAAAUUAUUGAUGUAAAUUAUAUACAACAUAGCCGUUGUGGAAUGAAACUUAUAGUAUAUAACAACAACAAACAAAUCUGAACUUUUUCAAAUUCGAAGCACUGAUAAUAGAUACUUUAUUUGGUAGUAACGGAAAGAACUGUAUGGCCAGUCAAAACGUGCGUUUUUCGAAAUAAAUAACCAUUUUUACUAGUGCUCCUAUUUAAAAAUUGCUUAAUAAAAUUCCUUAUAUUUGUGGCUUUACUAUUUAAAUAAAAUUGUUUAAAACGAUAAACAAAUAUUUAUAAACUUAUGUUGCGAAAUAAGCAACAUUUUAUUUAUGAUUCAUUAUAAUGGAAAAAAAUGAAAAAAAUAAACAUAUUUUUA